CUGGGUUCUCAUUCCUAAGGCAGCAGUGUUACAUGUGGACCAAGAAAUAGCAAUCUACGACGAUGAGUUCUCUUUUGCUGCGUACGAGUCCGUCCCGUUGGAUGGCCAUUUCUCGGAACUGGAACUUUACAGAACUUCACAAACAACCAUUACUGUUAUCCGAAGUAUCGAAUGUGGUUUCCAGAGCCCAAUAUGCUGACCAGCCUCAAGCUAAGUUCUUCCCAUCCAAAAUCACACCAAUGUUACCCAAAGAUACUUUCCAAGGUAAAGUCGCUUUCAUUACCGGUGGUGGCACUGGUUUGGGGAAAGCCAUGGCAACAAUGCUAUCAGAGCUUGGUGCUGCUGUGGUAAUAUCUAGCAGAAACCUGGAGGUUCUAAACAAGGCGGCUGAUGAAAUCUCUCAGAAAACUGGCAACACUGUCCUUCCCAUCGCUGCAGAUGUCCGGGACAUAGAAGCCAUCCAAGGUGCUGUCGACAAAUGCGAACAUUCAUUCGGUCUCCCCAACAUUAUUAUCAACAACGCUGCCGGCAACUUUAUAUCGCCAACAGAACGACUUUCUGCUAAUGCUUGGAAGACCAUCACAGACAUCGUAUUAAAUGGAACUGCCAAUGUGACUCUGGAAAUUGGUAAACGACUCAUUGAAGCCAAACAAGCUGCUGCUUUCCUGUCCAUCACAACGAUUUAUACGAUGAGCGGUUCAGGGUUUGUGGUGCCAAGUGCUUCUGCCAAGUCUGGAGUUGAAACUCUUAGCUUGUCUCUAGCAUCUGAAUGGGGUCGCUAUGGAUUAAGGUUUAAUUGUAUUGCACCAGGGCCUAUUGAAACUAAGGGAGCCUUCAGCCGCCUUGACCCUACCGGUUCUUUCAAAAAGGCUGUCAAGAAACGGAUUCCUGUCGGACGUUUGGGUAAACCAGAAGAAUUAGCCAAUUUGGCACUUUACCUGGUCAGUGAUUAUUCCAACUGGGUCACUGGCGCUGUUUUCCGUUUUGAUGGCGGUGAGUAUCCAAGUAUGGCUGGGGAGUUCAACAACCUCCUCGACAUUACUCCAGAACAGUGGGAUAUGAUGGAGAACAUGAUCCGUAAAGUGAAGGGUUCCUAAACAGAACAUAACUCCUCUUGUGUCCUUGCUGAAAACAUACUUCCAUUGCCAAUUCCACACAUAAACUCUAAAACUUACCACCAUGUCAGUUUUCCUGAAGAACAAAAUAUAUUUUAGUCUAUUUUUAUGUAUAUAACAAAAAAAUUGAUGUGA